GCGAAUCAGUCAACAUGGGGACAUUCUCUAUUCGAUGAGAUUGACGAUUAAGGCCAAGUGUCCAAUGGAGCUGCGUAAUUUCCCGAUGGACCGUCAGUCAUGUCCGCUUAUCCUUGGAAGCUAUGCGUAUUCAAAUCAGCAAUUAGUGUACCAGUGGCAGAACUCGCAGAGCGUCAACUUUGUCCGGGAAUGACUCUUUCUCAAUUCGACCUCAUAAGUUUUCCUUAUAGAAACUUUACAUUCACAAGACGAGAAGGUGACUUCUCGGUGCUUCAGGUGUCAUUUAAUCUUCAGCGGCACACGGGAUAUUUUCUCAUUCAAGUCUACGUGCCCUGCAUACUGAUCGUUGUGCUCUCAUGGGUGUCGUUUUGGAUACAUCGAGAGGCAACUUCUGAUCGAGUCGGUCUGGGAAUAACCACUGUGUUGACUCUGUCCACAAUAAGUCUAGAUUCAAGGACCGAUCUCCCGAAAGUGCGUUACGCAACUGCCCUAGAUUGGUUCUUAUUGAUGAGCUUCUUCUAUUGUAUCGCUACGUUGCUGGAAUUCGCUGGAGUACAUUAUUUCACUAAGGUGGGCUCCGGUGAAAUAGUAAUAGACGAUUCGGAAUGGGAGGAAUUAAUCGAAGAAGUGGGCGGAGACGCUUACGCGGCCCGGCAGCUCGCAGCGAGGCGGCGGAGCUCCGGCCGCUCUGCUAAUAACUUCAGUUUAUCAUUCCAAGCACAAAGCAACAGUUCAGAGAGUGACCUACCACAACCUCAAGAGGAGCAACCCUCAGUCCGUUUGACGAUGGAGCGGAUGACGCAGACAGAAAACCGGGUUCCCAAGUGGCGACAGGUUUUGUACUGCUUGGCAGGAGAUGAUAAUUAUAGACGGCAGAGGCAAAGGGAAGCAGGUAAUCGCGGCCACAUAAACAGCGUGUCCCACAUCGACAAGGCGGCCCGCGUCUUAUUUCCUGCGUCGUUCGCUUUGCUCAAUCUCUUCUAUUGGAUGAUCUAUGCUUUUACUGACGACGACUUCGCUUGGAGCGACAAUCCCAUCAAUCGAGUUUGAGCUUUUUAAAAUAUUCCCUAAGAAGAUCGAUU